CCUAAUUGUUGUGAUAAACUUAUUAAAUAGGUGCUCAUGGGUCGUGGAGACUGGAUCCAGCUUGGCCUAUCUCGGGAAAUAGCAGAUGUUGCUAUUGCACAGGGCUUUCAAGAGCCAAUGGCGGUUCAAAAAGCUACGAUUCCUCUAUUCAUCAGCAAUAAGGAUGUUCUUGUUGAGGCAGUCACUGGCAGUGGCAAAACUUUGUCUUUCUUGCUGCCGAUUUUGAAGCUAAUUCUAGAUGAACGAAAAGCGGGAGGCGAUGUGUCAUGCCCGCAUUCACUGGUGAUAGCUCCUACUAGAGAUUUAGCCAUGCAGAUAUACACAGUAUCAAAAUCACUUUUGAGAAGCUUUGGCCUGAGGACCUGUCUUAUACUUGGUGGGGAUAAGACUUGUGAGCAGAAUAUCAAGAAUUUUCUAGGCAAGGCGAAGAAGCCAGCAAAUGUUGUAGUGUCGACACCUGGUCGAUUCGCAGAACUACUAGAAAUAAAUGAAAAGGACAUGUUCAGUUUCAAAGGUUACUUCCGAAAUUUGCAAAUGCUAAUAUUGGACGAGGCUGACCGACUGCUGGACAUGGGAUUCCAUGAGCGACUGACCAGCAUACUUCAGAAUUUGCCGAAGCAAAGACGUACUGGGCUUUUUUCAGCAACCCAAACUGAGUCGCUAGAUGACAUCAUACGAGCAGGGUUGAGAAAUCCUGUUCGGGUCACAGUGCAUAGCAAAACACCUACUUUACCCAAUGGAGAGCCCAUAACAGAUGAUGCGAUGAUUAAAACCCCUGCAAAAUUGAGAAACUGCUAUGUCAGCUGCACAGGAGAGAAUAAGCUUGACAUGUUGCUCACGUUUUUGAACGAAAACAUGGAAUCAAAAAUUCUGCUGUUUCUUUCUACUUCAUGCCAGGUAAAUUAUUUCCGGACAUUUUUACCCAAGUUUUUGCCCAGCCUGAACUUGCUGAUGAUUCACGGUAAAAUGAAGAAAAAGCGAAAUCAGGUUGUGGAAAAAUUCCGGAAAAUGAAACAAGGAAUCCUGCUUUCAACUGAUUUGCUGUCGCGAGGAAUUGACAUCGAGAACAUUGACUGGGUCUUACAGUAUGACCCUCCGAGCUGCGCAACCAGCUUUGUUCACAGAUGUGGAAGAACUGCCAGAGCUGAUAAGUCUGGAAGUGCGUUGAUUUUCUUGAUGCCAAACGAAAUUGAUUAUGCAGGGUUCAUAGAAAUAUCGUUGAAAGCGCCACUACAGGAGUACGAAAUACAAGUACCCGAAAAGUUCAGCCAGUCAGUUGAAAAACUGAAAACCCUGGCACAAGAAGAUCGGACUGUUUUAGAAUUGGGCACCAGAGCUUUCGUUUCCUAUGUUCAGGCAUACAAGAAACAUGAGUGUAGUUAUAUAUUUAACAUGAAGAAUCUGAACUUCGGAGAAGUAGCGAACGGAUUCGGAUUGUUGCGACUGCCACGAAUGCCCGAGUUGGGCAAACGGGACAUUUCUGCGUUCAAACGAACAGAAAUUGACACUGCAUCAAUUGCGUAUACUGACACCGCAAAGGAAGCAGAGAGAAUUGCGAGGUUAGGUACAGUAAGGAAAACGGAGUCUAAAUCAUCGAUCAAAAUGGUCAGAAAGGCAAGAAUCGAGAAGAAAAAGCUGAAAAGAAAGCAAAUAAGGAAAGGAAAAAACGAGUUCACAAGCGAUGAGCUAGAAGAGAUCAGGCGAGACAGUUCCUUGUUGAAGAAAUCAAAGAAGAAACAAUUAGGGGACGAAGAGUUGCUUGAAAGGCUCCAAUGUGACAUCUGCAAUGUCCUAGAAAAAUGCUUGGACGGCAUUUUCGACAUAAGUUGGUGUAGUAGCAUCAUGCCUGUAGAUGACAGUGAAACACAACCGAAAACUGAACUGGAAGUGGAGUCCUCGACUGGAAGUCAAAAUAAAUCCGACAUGUCAAUCAACUUCACCGAUCCCUCUGACGAAGAACCUGAAGAUGAAGAAGACGUGUACGAAAUACUAGACGGAGUUGAGAACAUUCUAGAUAAGUCCGAUGACGUCGCGCAGAAUGAUCGCUCCCAGAAGUCGUCACAGGAGAAGGCCUGGGAGCAAUUUGGAUUGUUUUUCUUGGAUAAGAAAGACAGAAAUAGUCAGUCCAGAAGUCGUCCAGGUAGUCCAGAAACAAAUGAUAUUCCGUCGUCAGAGUCUAUCUAUGAAUCCAAGAGAGAAGGGGAAAUUAAAAAUUUGAUCUCGACUGGAGUUUCCGGAGCAGAAAAGGUUGAAGUGGGUUCCAAAGCCGGAGAUAUAGAUAAAAGUUUCGAAACUACAUUGACCGGUGAAGAUCAUCAGUAUGAUGACGAGUCGAUUGAGAGCAAAACCAGCGAAAAGUUAGAACUUAAUUUAUUGAGGAGCAGCAGCACAUCUUCUAGUAAGCCUAUGGCGAGAAGAACAGGAACGUUUAAGCCCUCACCGGAAAGAUUGAUGCAACUGAGGCGCGAGUUAGGAGCUGAUAUGAUUAGUUCGAACCCUCUGGCCGAAAAGUUACCGCCUAUUAAGAUAACUUUGAAGCUGCAGAAUGAGAACCACAAAUUAGAAAACGAUGGGACACAAAAUACCAAUAUAGAAAAAGGUGCAGUAAGUUGCUGCAAGCAGAAGAAAAAGAAAGACUCCAAGCUCAAAUGUGAAAAGUGUGAAAAACUCAUGCAUGCAAGUUGUCAGAAUUUAACCAAAUCCCAAGUUUCGGACAUUCUUGAAAAGAAGAGGACGUUUACGUGCACGGAUUGCUUGCUAGAUUCAGUUGUGUGUUCACGCAACAGAAGUCCAGACCAGUCAUAUUUCGCUCCUCAUGGUGCUAGCUGGAGAAACUCUGAGGAAUCGGGAUUGAAGAAUUCAACACUGGUAUCAGAAACUGGGUUCGUUGGUUGUCAGUUGGAAGUUCAAAGAGUAGAAUUGGAAUCAGAACGCCGUCUGCGGCGACAGUGCGAGGAUCAAGAGAAACGAUAUGAAGAGAUUCGUAAAAGGAGUACACUAUUCAGAAAACCGAACGGAUAUUUUUGGCUAAGUGAGGUACGUCCGUCAAGUCCUACUCGAACUGCGGAAGCGUCCAACACUGACGCGGAGAUGAGCUGUGAAGACGUGAUUGGAAGCCAGUCUCAGAAUGAAGACGAAGGUAUUACUUCUUAUGGAAGGCAAGAAAACGGAGAGUUAGCGGAGAAUCGUGAAUGGAUUGCACCGAAAAAGAAGUUGCAAACAGCGAGAAGACGUAAAAUAAAGAAGCCAAAACAAGAGGAAGCUUUCCAAUCUUUUAAUAAAGAUGUCGAUCAGAGCAUAGGCGAUCAAAUGCCAGAAUGUAGUUCCGACGAGAAGUUGAAGUCAAGUGAAAGUCAGAUAGUGGAAAAGACAACUGAAUUGGAAGAACACAAAACUGUACCUCGCGCGAAGACUAAAUCGGAGAGCCAUUCUUACAAGUCUGAAGAUGACGUUCCAUCCUCAGCGGAUGAAACCAAACUUAGUUCAGAGAUGGAUGCCGAUGUUAGGCCGAAAAAGGCGAAAAACAGCUCAAUAGUGGCAUCAAUGACAGGAAUAGUUCCAAGCACCAAGUCCAAUCGGAAACGAACGACCUCAUCGUCGCUAAACGUUGCGACUCAACGAUCGGGAACCCCGAAAGUUGAAGCCAACCUACCUCUGAAGGAACCGACGGAAGAAUAUAGGCGAAGAGCUUUUUUCAAGAUAUCGAACAAGGUCAAUGCCGCAAAUGUAGUUAGUGAAAUAAAAGAUGAAGGACAGCUGAAAAAUUUCAUCUUGAAAGUCGAACGUGAGAUCUUCAGGUUUUCGUUAAGAAGUGGGCAUGGUGACAACAGAGCUCUAACUGAUCGGUACGAAUCGAAGUUACUUGAGGUCUGCAACAAACUAAGCGACUUUGAAAUUGCCAAAAACUCCUACAAAGGAAAAAUAAAAAUAGUGAACUUGGUUAAAAAACCAGUACAUGAUCUAGUGGAAAAUAAAAAGACGCCGAAGUUGUCAAAAGAAUCAACACUAAAUCAUGGCAACCUAUUCGACUCCUUCAGUGAUCAAAAAAUUUCGAAAAUCUUGAAGAAAGAAAAGGAGCCGAAUGAGAAAGACUAUCCCCAAACAGUGAAACUGGAGGCGUCUCAGAGUUUAUUAACAGCGUCUUCAGGAUGCCAAAUCGAAGAUUCCAAAAUUGCCUGGAAAGGGAAGUUGGUUCAUGAUCAAACGAUUGUCGAUGUAGUUGCCUUUCGAGUAAAUGAAAGUCACGGUGAAGCCAUUGACUUACCCGAGCAAAUUAAAUUGGCGAAACUGCUUCCGAUGAGUGAAUUUUGGCGUUUGAUUGAAUCACUGUCCAGAAAUGCGCUGCUCAACAACCAGCUAACUGUUUUUCAAAUGAAAUCGACGAGAAAUAUUAUCGAGUACACUCUGUUCUGUCAGAAGCUAGAGAGCCUACAACUUCAUGGCUCAGCGAGAAGUGUCAGUGGUAAAAGCACAGUUUACAUUGCGCCAAUAACGAAACAUGAUACAAAGAAACCCUUGAUCAAUGGGUUCUCAAUUGACGUUUCGGUGCCCAAAUCAGAAAUUGCUCUUUUCUGUUUCGUGGUUUUGAAUAGCGCUAUGAAGACUAUCAAACAAGAACCUAUUGAAACGAAGAUAGAUGUUCCGUUUUUGGCUGGAUCUCUCGAAACGGACUUGGUGCUAGAUGCAAUCGCUUCUGAUAUCGACAAGAAAAAGAUGGAAACGUUCGAGCGUCUUAAGUAUCCAGAUAUCAACGGACCUCCUCCCCCUCUGCUUGCGGUAAGAAGCGAGCCGGGCCCAAGUUACAAACCCAGACUGUCCAAUACAUCUGAGCCAGAUUUCAAUUUUGAAGGUUUCCCAGAGCUACCAGAAGACGAUGGAAAUGAUUUCCCAUCAGAUGUCGUUUUUGAACCGCCGGUUAGUUUGACGCCAGACCACGAAGGUGACAUGGGAAGCACCUUUGACGAAUUUGAAGUUGAUUCGAUUGUUGAUGAGGAAAGUCCUGAGGAUCACAGGAUUUUGCCAUAUUUCAGUCCGGUUGGAGAGGGUCCAAAAUCUUGCGACCAGCUCAUGCCUCUCAGUUCUUCUAUUGCUUCUGUUUCACCUAAAACUGAGCCUGAAGACGGACACAAGAUAGAAAGUAUAGUGCCAUCGUUGAAAGCAGAAGCGACAGUGGCAUCAUUAAAAACAGAAACGAAACCCGAGAUUCCUGACUUCGCGCUAUUUCCUCAAGAGAUUCCUGUGGAUUUGGCACCUGAUGGUAUAGUUCCAAUGGAUCCUAGAAACGCUGGAAGACUUUAUGUCAACGGCAUGUCAGAAGUGGAAUUGCUUCUUACGGGCUUCAAAAGGGACAAUUUUGUAACGUCAAAGCACGCUAAGUUCAAACUUGAACCAGACGAACCCUUAGAUAGUAAGGAGACAGUUUUAAGAGAUUUUGGUAGUGUACCAGUGAAAAUUGAUCAGCAAUCAGAAAAACAUGAGAUAGAAAAUUGCAGAAGUUAUGAGCCAUCUAACCACAAAGUUCCUAAUGAAAUUUCGAAAAAUCUUUGUUUGAAUUUGGAGCAAGGAAGUCAACGCCUUUCAUCAGACAUUUCUAAGCGAAUUAGCCCAGCGGAUGAAUGGGAUAAUCAAGUUCCUAUAAAUUGUCCUACUCAAGAAAUUCAAAUUGAUUACAAAAUAAAACCGCCGGGUUUUGAUUCACAAGCAUAUGAAGAACAUGACGGUCAGCGUUCGAUGAAUUACCAACCAGAAUAUGGAGAUAGAAGCACUUACGAAUAUGAAAGAGCUAAUGCAGGUCAACACAGACUAAGUGGACCUGAAAUGUAUCCUAGAUUUCCAGCUGGACCUAGGGGUAUGCCACUACGCAGCAUGCUAGUUCCCCUCAAAAGAGACGAAAUCAGACCGAUUAGACCUCUCAUUCCUCAUCUCAUGGCGCAGCGCCAUCACUCCCCCCAAACAAUGUGCAAUCAGAUGGGCUUCACUCCCAGACCACCUCAUUUCUUACCUGGCUUCCCCCAUCGAGUGGGAGUUCGUGUGUACAGGAAGAAGAUAAUUUCACCACCAAGCGCACCUCAACAGUUUCCGCGCCCAGCUAGACCCAGAAUGUUUAACACCAGACUUAGAGCUCAGAGUUCAUGCCCUACUUUUCAUCCCGAGAGUAACGAGUAUGAAGUCAGAAAUCAACCGGUCACUCAGUACAGUGUGCCAGAAUAUUCUAGCUACAGACCUAAUUCUUCAGUGAUUCCUCCUCCGCUUUUGAGGCCAGAUGAAGCGCCACCCAAUGGCAUGAGUACUCGUACAUCUCAACCUGGAUACUCGCUGCCUGCGCAACAAGAAAUCGAAAUGCCGGACCAUCCUGAGACUUAUUCGCAAUCAUACCAUUCGUAUUCUAAUGCUACGCAAGCUGUUCAUGACGAGAAGAUUAAACUGACGAGUCCGAAGUGUGCUUCCCAAACUGGCGACUCUUUUUCGAUUCUGGAUGUAAAAAAUUACAGGCAGCACUUUUCAGAAACAAGGCACCCUAAACGUUUUUGCGAAGACUUGCCCCAACCAGAGGAGCCAAAAAUGGUUAAUCAAGGUGAAAACGUUUGUUUCAGUGACACGAAAGAAACCGAAAAAUAUUUAAAUAACUCUCAUAGAGAGGAAAUUGCUAAACCUGUUCAAGAGAACUGCAAAAUUGGUCAAAAUGUAGAAGGCCUGGAAAUUGAGCAUCAGGUUCCGGCGUUACCUAUUCACCAAAAUAUUGAAAAUAAAUGUGAGGCUGAACAGAUUCCGGACUUGAUGCAGAUUUCGCCAACUUUGCCAGUUGGUGGUUUUUACAACCCUUCGCCAAGUUUUGUCCCGCCAAUUGAAAGUUUUGGAACCACCGGAGCUUCCCAAUGCAACUCUCGCGAUUUUGUUCCACCGAAUGAAAUGUAUGGCACCGCAGUAGCGUUCCGUAGCAAUUCUCCCGCUUUUGUUGCACCGAAGGAAAGUUUUGUUCCCGCUAGAGCUUUCCGGAGUAGUUCUCCCGGUUUUGUUCCACCGGAUGAAAAUUAUGCUCCAGCUGGGCCUUACCGAAGCAAUUCCACUGGAUUUUUUCCACCGAAUGAAAAUAAUGUUACAGCUGGCGCUUACAGAAACAAUUCCAUUGGCUUCGUUCCACCGAAUGAAAAUUUUGUCACCGCUGGAUCUUUCGGGGUUUGUUCUCCCGGGUUUGUCCCACCGAAUGAAAAUUGUGUCCCCGCUGGCGCUUUUCAGCAUACUUCGUCUAAUUUUUCUCCACCAAAUGAGAAUUUAGGAACAUCUGGAGCUUUUCGUGGGAACGCUCCUGGUUUUAUCCCUCCAAAUGGAAAUUUUGUUUCUGAGAAUUUUAAUGCUGCUCCGCCCUGUAAUCUAGCAAAUGAGUUCAGUACUUCUGAAGGUGGAAAUAGUCGCAGUAGUCGCGGAAAACAUUAUUCACGGGGUCAUGAAAAAAGUCACGUUGACAACCGAAACUGGCAGCAGAAUUACAACGUACAAGCAAGCAGUUAUAAGCAAAGCGAAAGUAGUUACAACGAGAGAGGCAAGAAUAACCAUGGGUACUAUAAAUCGACCAAAAAUUUUAAGGAAGCUAGCUAUAAUUACGACACUAAGUAUAAUAACGAGAACAGAAAACAACACCACGAAAACGCACCCAGUAGAGAUUCUGGUUUCGAUAGUUACGAAGUAAAAAGUAGCAGAGGGCAUAACUUUGACAGCCAUGUACCUGGAAGUUCGAAUAACAUGAAUCAGCAUGGUAAAAGUCACGGUAGUUCAAGCAAUCGUCGCCAGAACUCGACCUCGAAGCUCAGAUCAUGGCGCGACCUCUCUCCUGGAUCCGAAGGAGAGUUUGACGAGGCGCCGCGGCUACCUAAAAGGUCAAAGAGUGGAUACAGGGACGAGGGUUUACCCAAUUAUGAGAAUGAAAUCAACGAUGAAGAUGGUGAAGACAAUGACAGCUUCGAUGAAAUUCUGAGAUCGAAAAGGAAAGGAAGGCGACAUCAUUCGGAUUGGUAUGAUGAAGAUGAGUUCUCCAGAAGGAGCUCGAAAAAAGAUUGGUCCUCCUGUGAACAAAGCGAAGCGAGCAGUGAAAAGAAAGCAAAACGACGUGAAAAGUCAAUAGACAGUCGCUCGUCAUCAAUGGGGAGCUGGACUUCCCGCCACAAUGACACGGUGCUAGAAACGACAAUGGGGAGUUCCAAGAGCUGCAUACCAAAGCCAGGAGCAACCCCGAAAAAAGACGUGGCGUUGCCAAUUGAGACCUUCAUCACCGCCAAGAAAAUGAAACAUAAAAGGUCUUCGAAACCGGAACGAGAAAGUAGCAUUACGGAAAAAUCUGGUAAAAUUGACAUAAACAAAUUGAGUAAACAAGAAGGGCAUGUUCCAAAGAAAGUGGUCGACCCAGAUGAUCUAGAAGAUGGCGAAUGCUCCGAUUAGAGAAUUAAAACUUAAAUAAGUGGAUUUAUAACUCCCAGUAUUUCAAAAAUGUUAUGUUUUGAUUCGUAUUUUAUUCUAGUUAGUUGAAUCGUUAUUCUGAGAUGUUAUAGACUUUAUCUUUUAAAGGGUGUAACUUCUCUUCUCAAAAUGGCACGCUGGUUCCUAAUAUCUUUUAUUGGUUGUUCGUUGUUUAUCAAUGU